AUCAUUUACAAAAACUCAGAAAAAGCGAAAACAUCAUAUAAAUUGUUUCAACAUUACAACAAAAUAUAAAAUAUCGUGUAUAAUUAAUAAAAUAGUACAUUAAAAAGAUUACCAAGUAAUGGCGCACUACAAGGGAGCCGCCAGUGAAGCGGGUCGUGCCGCUCAACUGAUGAAAAAACGUGAGAUUGCCCAGCAGGAGAUUGAGUUUCGCAAGAAAAAAAUCGAGGAAGAGCUUAAGCUGGAUAAGAUUGAAAACAAAUUCGCAGCGCAUUAUGAUGCCGUGGAACAGCAACUUAAAAGUUCGACCAUUGGUCUGGUCACUUUGGAUGAAAUGAAAGCCAAACAAGAGGAUAUUGUGAGGGAACGUGAAAAAAAGUUGGCACAGAAAAAAGAUGAAAAAGAACGUGAAAAACAACGCGCACUAGAGGCCAUUCAAGCAGAAAAAAAUAAACAAAAGCGACAAAUUCAAGCACUAUCAUUCAGUUUUAAUGACGACGAAGAUGAUGAAGUGGCUGCGGAAGACGAUGAUGAGGACGAUAUUAAAGAAGUUAAAAAGGAGGAUAUUCCACCUAAAAAGAAGUGGACAGAAAUCGAUGAUGAUAGUACACUGCCGAAGAAAAAGAAAAUAUUUAAAAAUCCCGAAGUAGACACAUCAUUUCUGCCUGAUCGUGAACGUGAGGAGCAAGAAAACCGCUUACGUGAACAAUUACGUCAAGAAUGGGUAAUGCAACAAGCAGCAUUAAAGGAUCAAGAAAUUACCAUCACCUUCAGUUACUGGGAUGGUUCAGGUCAUAGACGUAGUGUCAUUAUGAAAAAAGGUAACUCUAUAUAUCAAUUUCUGCAACGUUGCCUUGAGUUGCUGCGCAAAGAAUUCAACGAAUUGAAAACUGUUAUGGCUGAUCAGUUGAUGUAUGUCAAAGAAGAUUUAAUACUGCCACAUCAUUACUCAUUCUAUGAUUUCAUUGUAACAAAAGCGCGUGGUAAGAGUGGACCUUUAUUCCAAUUCGACGUGCAUGAUGACGUGCGCAUGAUAAGCGACGCUACGGUAGAGAAAGAAGAGUCCCACGCUGGCAAAGUGCUCUUACGUUCGUGGUAUGAACGUAAUAAGCAUAUUUUUCCAGCCAGCCGUUGGGAGCCAUAUGAUCCCACAAAAACUUAUGAUAAAUAUACCAUUAAGGAUAAAAGCAAAAAAACAUGAGUUGUAUUUAUCGUAAAAAAUUAAUAAAAUUAAGUACAAUAUGUAA